GAGUUACUUCUGUUGCAAAGGACACGUCUGCUUUGUGUAUAUUCAUAAAGACAUGCAAUUUUGAAAUUAACGUCGGAAGUUUCUAUGGAAAUUCCACGAUGAUUCUAUAAUUGAGCGUUCUGCGCAGUCAUUUUGAACAGUCGAGACUUUGAUAUCUGAAGUAUCAAUAUGAAGGGAACAGUGAUUGUUAUUUCAAUAUUGGCUUUAUUGCAAAGCGUGACAUCUUGCACACAAAACGAGGCCUACACCUGUUAUAAACAAGAGACGACUACAUAUGUGACCUACACCUUGUGCUGGGAGUUUUGGAAUCUUUUCCAAUGCAAAGAGGAACACACAAUUACAAAAACUGUGUCAAGCACAUGCCACCGACAUGUUUGCUGCGAGGGGUACCAACGCUCAAACUCAUGGGAAGAAUGUAAAGCCGUUUGUUUCGGAUCAAAUUCAUGCCAGAACGGGGGAUCAUGUGUUGCUCCGAACAAAUGCAUUUGCCCCAGUGGAUAUAUCAGCCCAAAAUGUGAUGACGAAAAUGAGUGUUCUGUUAAAAAAGGAGGAUGCUCGCAUACAUGUGUAAACACUAAAGGCUCGUACCAUUGCUCUUGUCCUCCCGGGUUUACUCUUGACUCGAACGAGCUCACCUGUAAAGACGUAAAGGAAUGUUCCGUUAACAACGGAGGCUGCGCACAAAAGUGUGUAAACACUGAAGGCUCCCAUUAUUGCUCAUGUAAUCCCGGCUUCUCUCUUGGCUCGGACCAGCUGACUUGCAAAGACGACAAUGAGUGUUCUGUUAAGAAUGGAGGCUGCUCGCAUACGUGUAACAAUACAGAGGGUUCCUACCACUGCGUUUGUCCUCUCGGAUUUACCCUUGACUUGCACAAACUGACUUGCAAAGACGACAAUGAGUGUUCUGUUAAGAAUGGAGGCUGCUCACAUACGUGUAUCAAUACAGAGGGUUCCUACCACUGCUCUUGUCCUCCCGGUUUUACCCUUAACCCGCACAAACUGACCUGCAAAGACAACAAUGAGUGUUCCGUUAAGAAUGGAGGCUGCUCGCAUACGUGUAACAAUACCGAGGGUUCCUACCACUGCUCUUGUCCUCCCGGUUUUACAAUCGACCCGCACAAACUGACUUGCAAAGACAACAAUGAGUGUUCCGUUAAGAAUGGAGGCUGCUCGCAUACGUGUAACAAUACCGAGGGCUCCUACCACUGCUCUUGUCCUCCCGCGUUUACCCUUGACUCGCACAAACUGACUUGCAAAGACGACAAUGAAUGUUCCGUUAAGAACGGAGGCUGUUCGCAUACGUGUUACAAUACAGAGGGUUCCUACCACUGCUCUUGUCCUCACGGGUUUACCCUGGACUCGCACAAACUGACUUGCAAAGACGACAAUGAAUGUUCCGUUAAGAAUGGAGGCUGCUCGCAUACAUGUAAUAAUACCGAGGGUGCGCACCACUGCUCUUGUCCUCCAGGGUUUACCAUUGAGUCGGACAAGCUGACUUGCAAAGCCGAAGCAACCAUACCGCAAGUUAGAACGUCGGCAGUGUGUGGAAAUGACAACGGAGGUUGCUCCCACUCCUGUAUCGGGAUGAACGAAACCGUUCAAUGUACUUGUCCAAUCCUUAAGAAACUCGCUGACGACAAUGUCACGUGCAUAGAUGUUUUGGGCUUUUAUUACGGACUUUGCACUUGUUUGGCUGUGUGUUUAAUGGUAGCCACGGGUCUGCUGGCAAGGAAAUGGUGUGUUAGGCGACGUGGCGCCUUUCUUGGAAACCAGCGACCGACUGCUAAUGAACAGAAACUAUUUGUGGUUGUUACUUCAAGCCAGGAAUAUGGUGAUGAGUUCAAAAACAUUAACUUGCAGAAACCUCCACCUUAUAAAGAAAAAAUGGAUGAAAAAGAUAUUUACAUGUAAAAGCGAAAAUAUUACUGUGUUAGCAAAAUUAUUCUUAUCGUUUUGCAUUUAGCUGUAAUUUGUCCAACCAGAGGGUAAGAGACAGGAACUAAUGUACAUAUAGUUGACAGCGAUGUUUCCACACAAGCAGGCAAACAAACAGGACUUUUCUGCCGAUGAUCAGGCAUAUAUAUUAUAUUCGAUUUUAUUUUAACUCUUUUAAGGAUGUCUGAGUUAGGACAGUUCACACAACAUCACUGCGUUUAAAUGAAAGGUUUGUUCUUUUUGUCCUAUCAAAAUCAACUUUUCGCUGAAAGAAUAAACCUACUUUUCUCAAAAUCAAUACAUACACAUGGAAAACAAACAUUAACUUUGAGUGAUACACCCUCAACUACUUAGUAAAUAGUGCAUUUCUGCAAAAUAUUAAUUACAAUUAACAAUAUUAUAACUGUGUAUUUAAUAGCUGAAAACGCAAAAAUAUUAAUUGAUUGGUGAAUGCUAAAAGAUUUACUGCGAUUUACAAAGGUCUCAUAAGGUAGAAAUACCGUGUUUUCUGCGCAUUUUUUCGAAAUUAAACUCGGUAUCCUUCAUAAGAAGCAUUCUUUUCAACGUGUGUUCAUCCUUUUGGGUAAAUAAGAACAAGUGUAUUAAAUGUGUCAAAUCUAAGUUGGGAGUAAUAGUGCAUCUUUGUUCUACAGAAUGUCGAGGGGUGAAUGCGAAAAGGUUCUAAGUGACAUUAAAUAAAGAAGCAGAUAGAACCUAUUCGCUUUCACCCCUCGAUGUGAAACCCUAAAUAACAUUUGUUAGAUAAAGUAUAUUUUCACACUCACUACAACAUGUCUGAUAUAGGUUAUACGCUGUCUUUCAUAUUAUUAACUAUCAUAUCGUUAAGAAUUUGUGCCAAAACCUGAAAUACUAUUCUGAAUAAUAUGACGUUUUAUUGAAUGCAAGUAAUGCAUUUCAGCUUAAAGUAAAUUGCUAUUAUAUGUUAAGCUAUAAAUGAAAGCUUAUCAGUUCAUCUCCGGUUUGACCGCGGUGAUAUUAGAUAUUGAACUAUCAUUUGUUAAUUAUGCAUGAUAGUGCUUGUUAGUAUUCUCAUUCCCCUCUUUAAUAUUUUUUUUAUACCAAGAUGAGCAUUCGUUUCUAUUUUUGUAUCGUGUAUAUAUAUAUAUAUUGUUAUCAUUAUAUUGGUACAUCAUCCGUUUGCUGUAAUAGUAUUGUGGUGUUGCUAUAAUCACUUAUAACUCUUACUUUGUCUUGAAUUACAUUUUAAUUGUCAUAUUGCAAAUGUUAUCACAGAAUGUAUAUAUGUUUGUAUUGAAAAGACUUCAACAAACUAUGACACUUAUUCGAAUCAUCAAAUUUUAAUGUGUUUGUUUCUCAGCGAUUAAGAAUGAUUUUGGCAUAAUUUUAAUGGUCUCAUUGUCACGGAGUCACGCUAGAGGGGAUUCUUUCUAUUCGUGGUUCUGUGGGUUAUAAAGAAGUGGCACACUAUUAGAUUACUUGUGCAUGGCAUAGUCUACACUCUCGAGGUAUAUGGCACUGCAGCGUUCGUCCAACUCAUAUCGACGCCCAUGCUCACCACAUCUGUUGUUUAUCAUUUCAUUUAUUGUUCAUUUUAAAUAAUUGGGUCCGUCUAUAGGUAGUCUAUGUCUUUCAUUUAGCACUGUAAGAUUGCCAAAGAUGAAUGAGGAAAAAAGGAUUUGUGACUAGAAUGUUUUCACUUUAGCCAUUCGAUCUCUUAUACAAUGUAAACCAUACUUCUCAUUGGCGUUGGUGUGGGUUAUUCCAUCUCAGCAACAUAUUUCUUUGCUCAAUGUUCCAAGUUUCUUUGCUUUUGAUGUUUUGUACCAGUAAUACCGUGUUAUUUACAUUAUAAAUGCAAGCAAUCAGUAAAAUGAAUGUUAUCAUCAAAAUCAGUUUAACAGUUUUCCAUUUAAGGGUUACACCCUGGUAUUUUGCACCCAUAAUUCAUCAAUGACAUAUAGAAUAUUCGUACAUGUGGUGAAAAUCCACAAGUUAACAAGCGCUCAUUUACCAAAACUUAAAAAAAUAAAAUAACAUUUUUUGUUAAAGGAUACUUACUGUUUGUUUGCUUAUUUUAUACAUGUUUACAUUACUGGUAUUAUGAGCCGAUGAAUCAUUAAUGAUUAACAGAAGAGAGACUUAGAAAAAUGCUUACAUCUUGCAAGAGUAUGUUUAAAUAAUUUCGAGCUUAACAGUUUAACAGUUUUCCAUUUAAGGGUUACACCCUGGUAUUAUGCACCCAUAAUUCAUCAAUGAUAUACAGAAUAUUCGUACAUGUGGUGAAAAUCCACAAGUUAACAAACGCUCAUUUACCAAAACUUAAUGAAUAUAACAACAACCUUUGUUAAAGGAUACUUACUGUUUGUUUACUUAUUUUAUACAUGUUUACAUUACUACUAUUUUGCACCGAUUAAUCAUUAAUGAUAUAAAGAAGAGAGACUUAGAAACAAACAACAUUUUGCUUACUUCUUAAUUCGUGCACGUGUAUGUCUAAAUAGAUUCGAUCUUAUAUUGUAUUUUUGUAUUAACUUGCAUGUUAUAUGUGCUUUGUGUUAUGGUAUAAGUCUAAAUAAAUACUGGUUAACUGACCACAAUCUA